AUGUCGGAGGAGCAGGGAACGGCGGCAGAGGGCGUCGCGGCGGGGGCCGACCCUCCCCCGGUCGACGACACGAAGCAAGCGGCACAGGCGGACAAGGAGGGGCCAGAGGAGGAGAAGAAGGCGGGUGGACCGCCUGGCGGGGCGGAAAGGAGAGCCGCGAAGGCCGCAGCGCCGGAAGGGCGAUUGAAACCACCCACGAAGCACGAAUAUUCGGAUGCGCGUCAGCGGGCCGCAGGGGGAAGGGAAACCCCCGUCGGAAGGGGCCCAUCACAGGGGGCAGGCGGUCGGGCCCAAGGAUCAAAGCUGCCGGGCGCUUCCCGCGACGUCGCCCCGCCACCCACGCCGGCCCAGAAGGCAAAGUCGGCUGAUGAGAGGGCGGGGGUGAGCGCUGGCAAUGGCGUCGACAAGGCUGAGAAACCUAAGGGGCAGGAGAAGCCCGUCGAGAAGCCCAUCGAGGGCGACAAGUCGCCGGCGAACCCGUUGCAGCCCCAGAAGGGGAUGGCGGGGGGCCUGGCGGCCGGUGGGAAGGCGGAGGCGGACGCGAAGCGAGAAGCGCCUGCCGACGUGCGGGAGCAGCCCGCGAGUUCUGGCCACACGCGGGUUCCCGGCGCGGCGCCGCCGGCGGCCCGGUCUAACGAACGGCCGGCGGACGCUCCUAGAGAACCGGGCACUUUAUCGCUGAGGGAAGAAGUGCCUGGACGUACAGUGGACAGGACCGACGAUACAGCUGCGGACGUCCCCAAAGCGGCGGUCGCGCCCCAGAAAGCAGCGGAGUUGGCCGAGGCCGCGGCGAGGGAUUCUCCGAUCGGCGAGACGGCCGCACCACCGGCAGAGGGCGAAUCCGCGGACUCGAUUGACAGCGGCGCCGCGCGGAAAGAGGAGCCCGUCGGGGGCAUGAGUCAGCGGCGGGACGUGAGCGCGGCGCCCACGGCGUCGGCCCCCGCCAUGCAGCCGCGGGGGAUCGCCUCCUUUCCGGUGGCCAUCCAGCAGACGGAGGAUCAAGGCGCCGCCCCCGCGGAGGGGCGGCCCGAGGCCGGGAUGGGCGGAGACGUCAAGGUCGGGGGCGAGGAGGCGGAGCCGGCGGCCAGGGCGCCGUCCGUCCCAGCGGUGGCACAGGACGGCAAGGGAUCGAGCGCGGGAGGGGAUGGGCCCAAGGUCGAGGUGCGAGGGGGCGCAGCGGGCUCUGCCAAUGGGGCGCCCACGGACGCGGCAGCCAAAGGGGGCCCGAAGGAGCGGCGUGAGGGAGGGGCUGCUCCCGUGGGCGCCCCCACCGGGUUUCAGGAGGUGGGCGCGGGAGAAGCUGAUCCGCACAGCGACAGCGUGGAGGUGGUGGAGGAGGUGGUGCUCAUUCCCACCUUCGGAUCGGGCAUGACGAGGGAUGAGGUGGAGGAGCUGAACGAGGAGUUCAUCGAGCUGCUGACGGAGCUGGGGAUAGAUGCCCACAAGUAUUUCGCGAGGGGCUUGGACGAAUUUAACUCCCCUGCAGACUUCUAUGAAGAACUCAGUCGCAGGCUUGACGAAGAUGAUGAAGAAGUGGACAUUACGGAGACCUUGGCCACGAGACUCGGGGAUGACCACCCUCUGGUUGUGGAGCUGCAGCGGCAGGAGGCCCUUGAAGAUGUGCGCAAGAUGGAUGUGCAUCUGAAGGAGAGCCUGGGUGCAGGCAAAUCAAAAAAAAUAUUUGUAAAGAGUGCGGAUGAGUUUCGUACACCCCUGGAGUACUACAUAUUCCUUCAAGAGCGUACCAAGAAGCAGGGGCUGAGCUUAGUGCCACUGAUGGAGGACUUGCUUGGAACAGAACACCCAUUGCCCAGGGCGCUCGCUGGGGAUAUGCCCAAAACGGCGAUAAAAUGGCAGUCCUGGAAGAAAUCUAAAACGCUAAAGAUCCGAGAGGCAUCAUUGGUGAAGCCCGCAAAGGCAGAAGAACCCGUGGAGACAGAACAUUUUGGAUGCAUGGAUUGCAUUGUCUACUGGUUUGGCUUGAAGUGA